AUGUCUUUCUGCAUCUGUGUAACCAGAGAUGGCGUAGUACGCAUUGAAGAGUACAUCGGAGAUUUCAAGAUAGAAAUUGGCGACAGAGAAGGAUUGGGAGCAGCAUACUCGAACCUCGGAGCUUUGCUUUGUUCCUUUGACGAAUAUCAGAAGGCUAGAGAAUAUUUCGAGAAAGCUCAUGCCAUCGCAAUAGAAAUUGGCGACAGAAAUGUAGAAGAAGAAACAUACCGGAACCUCGGAUGUAUAUUUUAUUCCCUUGGCGAAUAUGAGAAGGCUGAAGAAUAUUAUGAGAAAGCACUUGCCAUCGCAAUAGAAAAUGGCGAUAGUAGGGGAGAAGGCUCAGGACACUUGAAUCUGGGAAGUGUUUACCAUCAGCUUCAUAAAAACUUGCAAGCUAAAGAACAUUGUGAGAAAGCAGUCGGCAUCAGUAUUGCAAUUGGUGACAGAGAAAUAGAAGCCUUGGCUACUCUAUGUUUGGCAAGUCUCUUUAAUUCUGUGAAUGACAGUCAGAAGGCAAAAGAACAUUGUGAGAAGGCGCUUACCAUGAGCAGAGAAUGUGGCGAAAGAGAGCAGGAAGCAAUACUUUACCUAAACCUUGGAAAUCUAUUCCAAUCAUUUGGUCAAUAUGGCAAGGCAGCAGUUUAUUUGCAGAAAGCUUGCUCCGUAAGCAGCCGAAUUGGACACAAAAUGAUCGAGUUUCGUAGCCUUCUCAGCCUUACAGCGUUAAAGAUAUUGCAGUCGGAGGCUGUGGAGGCAAAGCAUUAUCUUCUUAAAUGUGUUGGAAAAUUUGAACAAAUCAGAACUCUUCAGAAAGGAAACAGUGAAUUUCAAAUGACUUUGUUAGAGACACACGGUACUUUUCCCUAUAAGUUACUCACACACUUGCUUUGCUAUGAUGGAAAGUUUCGAGAUGCUCUCUAUGUUGAGGAGCUGGGACGAGCAAGAGUCCUCUCAGAACUCAUGGCAGACAAGUACUCCGUGGAAAGCCAUAUCUCAGCUGAUCCUCAAUCAUGGUCCGGAAUUGAAAACAUCAUGAAAAGAGAAAGUAACUCUGUUUUUUUGUACAUUUCGUAUAGAGAUAGGCAAGUUCUUCUCUGGGUAUUGAAAGCAAAUGGAGACGUUUGCUUUCGAAAAACAGACGAAGUGAAAGUAGAGACUCUUAUUGCUGAGAAAGUUUGCGAAGUGGAAGGAGUUUUCAAAAAGAGCGCCGCCUGCUUUGGUGUUCUACCCGCAGCGAACUGCGAAGAUCGAUCGUUGGAUGAAAACGUGGCGACAUGUCUUCACGAAGAGAGCCAAGCAAAUCUGCGAGGUGACGAAACCAAAGAUACCGGAAGAAGUCAUCAUUUGUGCUACCAAUGGAUCGUCGCACCUGUGGCAGAUUUACUGACGGAGCCCGAAAUCAUCAUUGUACCGGAUUGUUUCUCGUACCGAGUCCCAUUUGCUGCCUUGCGUGAUGAACCAGCCGGAAGGUAUUUAUCGGAGAAGUACAGAAUACGCAUCGUCCCUUCAUUGACGACUCUCCGCCUCAUUCAAGAAUGUCCAGCAGACUAUCACAUUCAAACUGGUGCGCUGGUUGUGGGUGAUCCUACGGUUGGCAAGGUGCAUUACAAUGGACGUCUCACUGACAUUAUACCAUUAUUCUGUGCAAGUAAGGAAGCAGAGAUAGUUGGUCAGCUGCUGGGCGUUCAGCCUUUGUUAGGAAGUCGCGCAACAAAGCAGGCGGUUCUUGAAGCAAUUCCUUCAGUGAGUCUGAUACAUCUCGCCGCACAUGGACAUGCCGAAAGAGGAGAGAUUGCCCUCUCUCCUCAACGUUCCGCUAACAGUAUUCCACAAGAGGAGGACUACCUCCUGACAAUGUCCGACAUUGAAGGAGUUCAAGUGCGAGCUAAACUGGUAGUACUUAGCUGUUGUCACAGUGGGCGUGGAUUGAUUAAAAAGGAAGGAGUUAUUGGAAUCGCUCGAGCAUUCUUAGCAUCCGGUGCACGUUCAGUGUUGGUAGCAUCGUGGGCUGUGGAAGACGAAGCAACGGGGAACCUUAUGAAACAUUUCUAUAAACACCUUUUUCGUGGAGAAAGUGCCAGUGAAUCUCUUUACCAGGCCAUUCAAUGGUUGAGAAGCAAUGGUUUCCCCAAACCUCGCCAAUGGGCCCCGUUCGUGCUGAUGGGGGAUAACGUGACAUUUGAUUUUAUGGAAAAAGAGAAAGAAGAACUCGAGGAGGAGGACAAGGAGGCGGAGAAGAAACAGAGUGAUUACUGAUCCUACACAAAGAUUUCUUCUUCCUGUACAUUGUCUUUCAAUGGACACUGUGACGAAACCAAAGAUACCGGAAGAAGUCAUCAUUUGUGCUACCAAUGGAUCAUCGCACCUGUGGCAGAUUUACUUACAGAGCCCGAAAUCAUCAUUGUACCGGACCGUUUCUCGUACCGAGUCCCAUUUGCUGCCUUGCGUGAUGAACCAGCCGGAAGGUAUUUAUCGGAGAAGUACAGAAUACGCAUCGUCCCUUCAUUGACGACUCUCCGGCUCAUUCAAGAAUGUCCAGCAGACUAUCACAUUCAAACCGGUGCGCUAGUUGUGGGUGAUCCUACGGUUGGCAAAGUGCAUUACAAUGGACGUCUCACUGACAUUACACCAUUAUUCUGUGCAAGUAAGGAAGCAGAGAUGGUUGGUCAGCUGCUGGGCGUUCAGCCUUUGUUAGGAAGUCGCGCAACAAAGCAGGCGGUUCUUGAAGCAAUUCCUUCAGUGAGUCUGAUACAUCUUGCCGCACAUGGACAUGCCGAAAGAGGAGAGAUUGCCCUCUCUCCUCAACGUACUGCUAACAGUAUUCCACAAGAGGAAGACUACCUCCUGACAAUGUCCGACAUUGAAGGAGUUCAAGUGCGAGCUAAACUGGUAGUACUCAGCUGUUGUCACAGUGGGCGUGGAUUGAUUAAAAAGGAAGGAGUUAUUGGAAUCGCUCGAGCAUUCUUAGCAUCCGGUGCACGUUCAGUGUUGGUAGCAUUGUGGGCUGUAGAAGACAAAGCAACGGAGAGGCUCAUGAAACAUUUCUAUAAACACCUUGUUCGUGGAGAAAGUGCCAGUGAAUCUCUUCACCAGGCCGUUCAAUGGUUGAGAAGUAAUGGCUUCCCCAAACCUCGCCAAUGGGCCCCGUUCGUGCUGAUGGGGGAUAACGUGACAAUUGAUUUUAUCGCAAAAGGGAAAGAAGAACUCGAGGAGGACAACAACGAGGCGGAGAAGAAACAGAGUGACUACUGAUCCUACAUAAAGAUUCUUCUUCCUGUACAUUGUCUUUCAAUGGACACUGGUAUUACUUUGCGUAGACAUUUUUAG